ACCUUUGCCUCGUUGACACUGACAGCUCCCUAACCUAACUUAAUUACAGAGUCUGUUGUCUUAUCAAGCGAUUUUUAUGAGAAUAUUUGAGGAUUAAUUCGCUUGAAACCAAUUAACGACUAUGUUGGACAAUGUAAAGCAUAUAAUUUUAAUACUUUCAGGAAAAGGUGGCGUUGGUAAAUCUACAAUCAGCACCCAACUAUCCUUGACUCUGAAAGAUAAGGGUUUGAAGGUUGGUCUACUAGACAUAGAUUUAUGUGGUCCUAGCAUUCCUUACUUAUUGCAGUUAGAAGGACAAGAUGUUCAUCAAUCUGAAGGGGGGUGGGUGCCAGUUUAUACUGACGAAGAGAAGAAGUUGGCGGUCAUGUCGAUUGGAUUUUUAUUGAACAAUCGAAAUGCAUCAGUAGUUUGGAGAGGUCCAAAGAAAACUGCUAUGGUUAAACAGUUCUUAACUGAUGUCUGUUGGGGAAAUUUGGAUUAUUUAAUUAUUGAUACUCCACCUGGGACAUCUGAUGAGCACAUAACGAUUAUGGAAAAUUUAAAAGGUGUUAAAUGUGAUGGGGCUAUCAUUGUAACCACUCCUCAACAAGUAGCUAUUGAAGAUGUUAGAAAAGAAAUCACAUUUUGUAAGAAGACAGGCAUUCCUGUGAUUGGAAUUAUUGAAAACAUGAGUGGGUUUGUCUGUCCAACUUGCACAGAAUGUACCAACAUAUUCAGUAAAGGUGGGGGCAAAUCACUGUCAGAACUUGUUAAGGUGCCCCUAUUAGGAACUUUACCUAUUGAUCCAAGGGUUGGAAAUCUCAGGGCAAAAUCAUGUGUAACUGAAUUGCCAGAUUCUCCAUCAGCAAAAGUAUUUACAGAUAUUGUUGAUAUUUUGAACAUUCCUAAAGAUUGAUUAAUAAAAUUUAUUAUUGAGUUAA